CAGCCGAGAGCCGACCUCCGCGGCAGUCUCUCGCUGGCGGUUCUACAGAGUGGUAGUGACAGCUCUCGACGGCGAGUGUUUCGAGCGUGUUGUGCGUUUUGGUUCGAGGCCUCGCGUUCGGCUGACUGGAAGUGAACUUGAAAGACGUGUACGAACUAUACGUUCUGAGUGGUCCAAUUUUGAUCAGUUGACCCAAAUGCAUAUCAAAAAAAUGCCUGAACACUCGAACACUUUUCGAGGGAUCCGUUCCUCCAAGUUCCGGCACGUAUUUGGGAGAGGAAGUAGGAAGGAAAACUGUUACGAGAAUGUGCUCAUCACCCAGAAGACUCAUGACACAGCGGCCUGUGCUGUCAACCCGAAAUUUGUGGCCAUUGUUGUGGAGGUGGCAGGUGGUGGGGCCUUCUUGGUUUUGCCACUAGACAAGACUGGUCGCAUAGAUGUAAACACCCCAAAAGUAACAGGACAUGCUGGACCAGUGCUCGAUAUCAAAUGGUGUCCCUUCAACGAUAACCUCAUAGCCUCAGCAUCAGAUGACUGUAUGGUAAAACUGUGGCACAUUCCAGACGGAGGAAUCAAGGCACCACUUACAGAAUCUCUGGCUGAUCUCCAGGGCCACCAGCGCAGAGUGUCCAUAAUUGAAUGGCAUCCUACAGCAGAAAAUGUUCUCCUUUCAGCUGGAUAUGACUAUCAGAUUCUAGUAUGGGACACACGCCGUGCUGCUCUUGUGCAGACGAUUGACCUCCACUCGGAUGUGAUCUACAGCCUUUCUCUAAAUCGCAAUGGAUCGCGCAUUGCAACCACAAGCAGAGACAAGCGAUUGCGUGUUAUCGAUCCUCUGUCUGGGAAACUUCUGCAGGAAACCAUAUGUCAUGAGGGAUCCAAAGCUUGCAAAGCUGUGUACUGUGGUGACACUGGGAAGGUCUUCACCACUGGCUUUUCUCGAUUCAGCGACCGCCAGUACGGUGUGUGGGAUGAGAAGAACUUGAACACUCCCCUGCGCUUGGAUGUCAUUGAUUCGUCUUCAGGAAUCCUCACUCCAUUUUAUGAUCAUGACACAAAGAUUGUCUUCGUGGCAGGGAAGGGUGAUGGCAACAUUCGAUACUAUGAAAUCACUGACAGUCCCCCAUACUGCCACUUUUUGAAUCAGUACAUUUCUGGGGAGCCUCAGCGUGGGUUGGGCAUCAUGCCGAAGAGAGGUUGCAAGGUGUCACAUUGCGAAAUAUUCCGCUUCUACAAGUUAUAUGCAACCAAACCAAUUUGUGAACCCAUUUCCAUGAUUGUCCCGAGGAAGAGUGACCAGUUCCAACCUGACCUGUACCCAGACACAGCCUCUCCAACACCAGCACUGUCAGCAGAGGAGUGGUUCAGUGGCACCACGAAAGGGCCUGUCCUGAUGUCAAUGAAGACAGGUAUGACUAUCAAAACUCACCGACCGCUGCCGCUACGACCAACGGAAUCCUCAUCAGAUAAAAAUGCAGACAAGAAGUAUGCUUUCCUCUCAAUGGAGACCCGUGCUGACUACCGCCCCAAGGAGUUGUCAAUUAGGACCCAGAGCAGCACGGACAAAGACCUCAAGACAUCCACCAAUUUGGACACGAAGUUCCAGGCGCUUCAGAAACUGUGGGGCUGUAAUGUAAAGAACCUGCCUGACAACAAGGAGCAGUCAUCGACCACCAGCAGUGGCAUUGAAAGUGAAAGGGCCUCCACAACCACAAGGAACAUCAUCAACAAAAUCAGCACCAGAGACUCUCCCAAUAAGCUGUCUCAGCGCAUGGAAGAGAAGGAGAUCGAAAUCUUGGACAAGCCAUCCCCUAAGACAGAGUCGGAGACAUCCCUGCCUUACCCUUCGUAUCAGCUGCGGAGAGCGUACACGGCACAGUGUGAAGAGCUCAAGCUCCUCAGACGCCAGCUCAUCCUGAAGGACCGAAGAAUCCAUGAGCUGGAAGACCAACUCAAUCAAUUAAAAGUGACUCGCAAAUAAAUAGGAGUCAGAAGCACUGAAGCUCCAAAAAGGUGGGAUCUACUCAGUAACAGCACAAGGUGUCAUCAUCUUCAUCUCCACAUCCUGCAACAUCAGUUUGGGAGUGGUAGUACACAAGAUGUGAUUUUUUUACGCUUUAUUUUUUUAAUGCAAGAAAUUUAAUGUACAGAAACACUGUAGACUUAGCUUUGGGGUAGAGUGACUGUAAGAAGGACAGACCCCUAUAGAAGAACUGCCAAGUCUCAAUCACCGGUUGAUGUAAAGGGUUGCUGUCUCUUCUGGCUAGUCAUAGUUGGCAGUGAGCUUAAGUAGUCGGAUUAGAGAGGGAAAGCUGUGAAGAGCUGAAAGUAUCUGAUUUAAUGCCUGGUGUGGUUCGGCUGGAAAUUAGGUGGAAAGGUUUCAGAUGGUAUAUAAUAUGCAAUGUUGUGAUAAAGAUUCUUCAAUGAUAUUUGAUUACUGCUGCCUUCAUGUGAUGAAGUAACCUUGUAGUCAAACUAACUUACUAGAGGUGGUUCUUAAAGGUAAACACCUUCAGAUUAUAAAAUUCUUGCUUGUGUGCAGUGUUGCUGUGAAGGAGGUGCAAAAUAUGACCACCUCUUAGUAACAAACAACUACACAGAACCUGGUUACUCUUUGUCCGCUGUGCUUAGGCACUUUUAUAUAUAUCAGGCACUUAUGCACAUAAAUGUAAGCAUUCAUCUCAGUGAAUUACAAAGCAUGGCUAUGCUACUGUGACAUAUUUCUAUAUUUAUCAUUCUCAUCAGGUCGCAUUAGUCAGUUGAGGUGUUUUUUUUUUUCAGUAACAUAAAACUGGCACAAAUAAAAGUCCAAGUUUUAUAUACAUGUCUGAGAAUGCAUUUUAUGGAGGCUUAGUUUUUGCAAGGAAUGUGUUUACUACCAAUUUUUUAUUGUGCGUUUUAGGAAUAGUGAUAUUUUCCUAGAUGUAACCAGUGUAUGUACAUCAUGUUAAUGUAUUGAAAUGUUAAAGUUUAUGCUUGGUUCAUAUUACAAAACAGACAGACACACAAGUAUUUCAUUGAUAUUUUUUGAGUCAUUAGGAUGCAUCAAGCAGUAUGUCACAAACAACCCACUUUUUAUUUCAUGUAAAGCACAGAGUAUUGAUGUUAUGAAUAUGUAAUGGCAUGUUUAAUAAUAUACUGGCAGCAUCAUUCCAGUUUUGUUAAGGCAUACUUAGUGGAAAGUCUUAAGGAAGAUACUCACUGAGAUUUUCAUGCAGGUUUUACUACAGCAUGAGUAUGCAGGGGAACAUGUAAUGAAUAAGUAGUUAGUCUAGAUCACCAGUGGUCAAAUGAUUUAAGGGGAAAAAAAGGUUUGGGAGCUCUGGCCUGACUUAGAUGUGUUUUACAAAAUGAUUUUUGCAAAGCUAAGAGAAUUAUCAUAGCUUCUUGACUAUUGCCAGAGUGUUGAAGCUUUCAUUAUUUAGUAUCUUUUGUUGUCUGGUCAAAGCUGAAUCUCAGAAGAACCAUUCAAAGUCAACAUGAUUGUGGAAAGAUAAUGCUUUCACCUUUUGUGCCUCUCAGUUGGCAGCACAAGUGUUGUGAAGAGAUAUAUUCCAAAUCUCAUUCCAGUUUGCUUCUGAAGAUGGAUGUUCAGAGGUGGAGUUCCAAGGGGAGUUGAUUGUUUUUGAGUCUUCUUUUGAAUUUGUUUAAUUUUCAUUCCAGUUUCUUAAUUAUGCACAUUUGUACAAUUUUUUCUUUUCCUUUUUUAUUUUACAUUAAAGUUGAAUCACUUUUUCUUGUGAAGAUUCUUCUUCUUCUUCUUCUUCUUCUUCUUCUUCUUCUUCUUCUUCUUCUUCUUCUUCUUCUUCUUCUUCUUCUUCUUCUUCUUCUCUUCCUCUUCCUCUUCCUCUUCCUCUUCCUCUUCUUCUUCCUCUUCCUCUUCCUCUUCCUCUUCCUCUUCCUCUUCUUCUUCUUCUUCUUCUUCUUCUUCUCUUUUCUUUUAUCUAUGAGUAUUACCAAAUAUAAAUUAUGAUGUGAUAGAUUUUUUCACCAAAGAAAUAAUGUUUGAUUUUCCAUCUCUGGUAUGACUUAGGACAAUCUCAGGAACCGGCAUCUAGUGGAAUUAGUCACUUCAAAUUCUUUGCUGAUUUUGUCUUGAGUUAUUUGCAUCUUUGUUUUCUUUUUUCCUUCUCAUGUUGGAAGAUUUGAUGGCUUUCCUUCAGUUCUCAUGUCUUGUUGGCUUCGAUUUAUACAAGUUUAUAUUUCUUGUAUGAUAUCAUUUAUUUUGUGAGUUGGUUCACUUGCUUUUGUCAAAGAUUAUUUUUAUAUGUUUUCUGGUCUCUCCUUUUAAACUUUUAUGUUGCCACUAUAUAUCUCUUGAUAUGUAUUUUUUAUAUAUUUUUUUGCUUUUAUUAUUUUUAUAUUAUUUACAAUCUUAGGUUUUUAUGUUGAUGAAACCUUUGCAAGUUUUGGUAAUUAUAUAUUUAUGUAAGAUGCAUGGUUUCGGAUGCUGAUUGUGGAAGCUUAAAAAUAAGGCAGGAGGGGUAUUUUUUUAAUUUAUUUAUUCACUGUUAUGAUAUCUGAUUUUUAUAGUCAUUCAUCAUUCCUAUGUGUUAAAUAGAGAAAUAUAUCAACAAAAAGAAUAAGGUGACUGGACACUAAGGACCUUCAUGAUAACCAAUCAGUGGUAGAUAAUGAACCUUAGUGCUACAGUGGCACCUGAUGCACUUCUAUACACCACCACCCCUCUGAUUUGCAUUUAUUUUUUUAUUUUUUUAUUUUCUUAAAAUUAUUUUUGUUGUAUUGUCCUCUUUAUUUAAGAAAAUUGUUACUUUUAUUAUUGUUUUUCUUUCUUUCUGCCUUACAUUCUCCCUUCUCCCACUCCAUUCCAUGAUGCUGCAUGGUGGCCUAUAAGCCUCAGUAGAUCUAGUUCCUUACACAUUGUAAUAUUUAGCCUGUCCUUGACUAUGAUUUUUGUAUACCUUGAGUUCGGUAAGGCAGGUUAUACUGAUGUUCACUCAGUUGCAAAACACUCGAAGUCUUCUGUCUCAAUACUCUCUCCUUUCAUGCAGCAAGAGUAUGUGUUUGCUGUGGUAAAAGUCACAUGGGUAGCAAGCAGUUUGUUGCUUCUUGGACAAGUUACAGGGAUGACUCACAUUUCAAGCUUAGACAAAGACUCCGUGUUGUGGUUUCAAUUACUGAAAGCAAGGCAUAUAGCAGGUCUUUGUUUAUGUAUUUGUUUUUAUUUAUAUUUUUAUGCCAGUCAUGUAUUCAUUUUUUGGUAAAAUUUUCAGACAUUUAAUGCAUUAUUGAAAUAUUUCUAGGAUGGAUCUCUCAUUACCUUUAUGCUUAGGAGACUCCUUCAUGAUAUAGAAUCAAGCUUAUGUAAUGUCUCAUAUGGCAAGAAUAAGGAGUAAAAAUUAUUAUUGGACCCAACAUUAAUGGUGCAGUAUGUGGUCUCCUUGACAAUAGUAUUAUCAUUAGAAUAAGGCUUUGUUAUAUUGUCUUCUCAUGUGCAACACAAAUAAAUGGUUGUAAUCAUAA